UUGGGCCCUAAUUGUUUUAACUUAAAAAUCCGACUGUUUUUGCGAAGGUAAUUUAUUAGUUAGUUAGUUCCAAGUGUCUGCACUUAAACAAUCAUGGCCACCAGUUUGACUGACCAAGAAAAAGCACAACUUCGAGAUGUAUGUUCAAGAAUAAUUAAAUCCGGGCAUGGAAUCCUUGCAGCGGAUGAGAGCACUGGAACAAUGGGAAAGCGCUUGGACAUGAUCAAGGUGGAAAACAUUGAAGAAAACCGACGCCAGUACAGACAAUUGUUGAUGUCUACCAACGCGGAUAUUUCGGAAUAUCUUGGGGGAAUCAUCUUGUUUCAUGAAACUUUGUACCAGAAGGAUGAUAACGGCAAACUUCUCAAAGAUCUCAUGGUAGAAAAAGGCAUUGCUAUCGGUAUUAAGGUUGACAAGGGAGUUGUGAAGCUUCUUGGAACAAAGGAUGAGACAACAACUCAAGGCCUCGAUGGAUUGGGUGAUCGUUGCGCCCAAUACAAAGCCGAUGGAUGUGACUUUGCUAAGUGGAGAUGCGUGCUCAAGAUAACGGACAGCACUCCUUCACAGCUUGCUAUCGAUGAGAAUGCAAACGUGCUCGCACGAUAUGCUUCUAUCUGCCAACAGAAUGGAAUCGUCCCAAUUGUUGAGCCAGAGAUUCUUCCCGAUGGAAACCACACACUAGAGAGAUGCCAGGAGGUCACUGAGAAGGUGCUUGCAGCAUGCUACAAAGCAUUGAAUGAUCACCAUGUCUACUUGGAGGGAACACUGCUUAAGCCAAAUAUGGUGACAGCCGGUCACGGCUGCACAGUUCAAUAUACACCAGAGCAGGUGGCAGUUGCAACUGUCACAGCUCUGCGACGUACCGUACCACCAGCCAUGCCAGGAGUUACCUUCUUAUCUGGUGGGCAAUCUGAGACAUCUGCCACCGCCCAUUUGAAUGCUAUUAACCAAGUGAAGGCUCUCAAACCAUGGGCCCUGUCUUUCUCUUAUGGAAGGGCUUUGCAGGCAUCUGUAUUGAAGGCAUGGAAAGGCAAGCCAGAGAAUGUUGCCGCUGCCCAGGAUGCUCUUAUGCACCGAGCUAAAAUGAACUCUCUCGCAGCCAUGGGAAAAUACGAGGCCAGCAUGGAAACAUCAGCAGCUGAUGCAGGUUCUCUUCACGUUGCAAACCACCAAUAUUAAACAACAUUAAUGCAGUCGUAUUUACCGUUAAUUAGUUACCCAGCUUUUGGUGCAAAGUUCACAUUAUGUUGUUGCAUGUAAUGUGUCGUAAAUUCAAUAAAUUACCCAUAUAUCUUGCAAAAUA